AUGGAUCAGUACCACCUUGGCGACGAAAGCAUCCUCCAUUCUGAAAUGCAGCUGCAGGAGUUUUCAGGGAAUCAGACUUUGGACUGUAGUGAUUCUUUCAGCCAAGAGCUGUGCCCAGAUAUGAGAGAGAUUAUUUAUUCAGGACUGAGCAACCUGGAUGUGGAUCCCAGUCUUUCGACCACAAAUAUGAACAACGACUCUUUGGAAGACAACCUGGACACCUUUUCUUUGUAUUCUGCAAAGGACUGCGAUUCGGCUAAACUCCUUGACGAUGUUGACUCAGAGUCACGGCCGCUUUUACACGAAUUGGGGCUUCCUAACUCUUCAACACCUAAAGAUGUGGACCAAGGAGGCAAAUCCAGUUCUGGCAGUGGAAGGAAAGGAAAGCACCCGCUGAGUUCUCCUCAAGCCCCUUUCCUAGACUGCAACCUCUGCGGGAAGGUGUUCAGUAGCACCAGUUCUCUCAGCAAACAUCACGUGACUCACAGCCAGGAGAGGAAACACGUCUGUAAGAUCUGCGGCAAAGCAUUUAAGCGGCAGGACCACCUGAGCGGCCAUAUGAUAACACACCAAAAAACAAAGCCAUUCCUUUGCAUCGAACAAGGCUGCAGGAAGAGCUACUCCGACUAUCGGUCGCUGCGCCGGCAUUAUGAAAUGCACCACAGCUUCAGGUUGUUAAAAGAUGAUGAGGGAUGUGAAGGUUCGCCUCCUCCGCGUGAUUCCCGUGUUCAGCCUGGAACUGGUAGUGUGAGAACUGCAGAGGGGGUUGCUUUUUGCCCUGAAUCUCAAGUCCCUAAUAAUUCUCUCCUGCCCAAUAGAGACCUGCUAAGGUGUAUUGUAAGUAGUUUAGUCAGCCAGAAACUUCCACUGGCUCCGUCCCCAUCUCCAGGACCAUCUGAAUCUGACCCCAAGGGUUCCUUGCAGCCCUGCACAUCCGAAUGUAGUCAGACGUCUUGCACUCCGACAAGUGCCGCUGCACCUACAGAACCCAUCAGCGAUAAAACCACGAAGGAACUUUAUCCUUGUCAAAAGAACACUGUUUGUUCCAGUGCAUAUACCAUAAUAAAUCCUGGGAAUUUACCUGUGCUUGGGUCUGCGGGAAAUAGUACCAAUUUGCCUGACAGGCAGCCUUAUCCAGAAUCCCAGUACCCUUUAGAAAACAUGGCCCUGGAGUUUUGGGCAAACAGCAGCGGUCCUCCUUUCCCAUUAUUCAGAGGACAGAAGGUUCCCACAACUUGUCACCAGCCGGGCAGCAGCUUCCAGUGGGUCACAAAUGUCCCACCGGCCUGUACCAAAAGCAAAGGAAGCGAUGCUCGUGCCGCUCAGAUGUCACCAGUCGCCACUCAGGAUGUUUCUCAAGGGUUGGCGGGACCCUCCCAUUCUUUUGAUUGCUUGGCACCGGCCUUUGAUCGAUCAGAUAUUUUGCCAUUCGCUCCGGCACACUUAAAGACGCAAGGGGAAAUCCCUGGGGAGUCAAAGCUCCACGGCUUUGAAGAGACCUACAGGCCAACAGGAAGGCUUCCAGAAGCUCUGAAGCCAAGCUUGCUGCAGAAGGGUGAGGCCGGACCGCUCUUCAGGCAGCUCUUUAUGAAGUCUCAGGAAUCCUGUGUGAAUCCCGAUCAGCAGCGCGUCCAGGGUCACCUGUUCCAGAGGAUCACCAAAUCGCAGCACAUCUUAUCCCACACCCAGCUGCUAACUCCAUCCCAGGCGGCAACUUCUGAGGCUCAGAAGGUGGUAGCAGGACCAUUCCAAAGUGUGCUUCAGCAGCAAAGUGAUUUGUUUCACCCGCUUACGGAACCUACGGAAAGCAAAAAAUCGCUCUUGUGCAUGAAAAGGUCCUCGGCCCAGUUUCAGAAGGACUUUCCAUCAGGCGACGAGAAAGAAGGGCAGCAGCCAGGCACGCCUCCGCUGCCCUUUCAGUCCCUUUCCAUUAGCACAGACACUGUUUCUCAUGCCAAACAUGCCAGAACCUUGAAAGGAUGCCUGGGUGUCCAAGAUUUUGCCGGUCCUAACCAGCCUCCAUCUGCAGCUUACGAAAACACCCCAGGAAAUCAUACUUACGGGAAGCCAAGUCAGUUGGAGAAUGACUGUCCUCUGUUGAGGAAGCAAGAGAAGAACAAGGCUUGUGCUAAAGGAUCAGGCGAAAAAGGCCAUUCUCGCAGCGGUAGGCCCCGCCGGAAGGAGAAGCAGAAGUUUGACAUCUCUUCUGUGGCUUCUCCUAGCCAAGUGGCCAUGGCUUCUUUUUCUUUGCCUAGCGCUUCGUUUGACAGCGGGGCUGGAGCGAAAUCAAAGUUGACCAUCUUCAACAGGAUUCAGGGUGGAAAUAUCUACAGCUUUACCAAUGCAAUGAGGGAAGAACAUUUUUCCCCUGGAUGUUCUAAGUCUGGAGGAGGACCUGGGGACAAGAGCCAGCAUGAAAGUGGCUUCGUUUGCAGGACCUGCAGUCAGCUUUUCUAUACCGAGCGAGGUUUGAACAGCCACAUGUGUUUCUAUGGCGAACAAUGGCAAUCUGUAUCAGGCGAGGAGAAAGAGCAGGCAUCUGAGGCAGAAUGCCUGCAACCUCAGAAACUGUCCUUCAAGCCAGCAGGGAACAGAGAUAGUCCUCCUGAAACAAAAAAACCUUUAGCAAUUGUAGGUGCAGCAGGCCCUCUUGUCAUGCCAGUCUCAGUACCUGUUACAACAGCAAGCCGGCCGCGGGAGAGCAAAGUUGAUGAGAAGGAAAGUUGGGAUGGUAACAGUCUUCAGAAAGAUAUACCACAAAAGAAGAGGAAGAGGCAGAUCUGUCCAAAGUCACUGUUUAUUCCACCUCCAGCCCCAAUCUGCAGUGAGAAACAGCCUGGCACCGGAAGAUGCUACCAGAGUAACCUUCGCUCGCCUGUCUUCCUUAUGGACCACAUCCUUCAAGACUUGGUUCAGUGUUCUCCAUAUACACCUCCUCCAAUGCUCAGCCCCAUCCGUGAGGGAUCAGGGCUUUAUUUCAACGCUCUGUGCUCUUCCUCUGCAAACACUGGUUCAUCCAAGAUGUACACCUCUGUUCUAGAUGGCAUGGAUGGAACCCUUUUGUUCUCUCUUGCAAAAGAUACCACCAAAAUCAGUAUUGAACCGCAUAUCAACAUUGGAAGUCGUUUUCAGGCAGAGAUACCCGAUCUGCAAGACAGAUCUUUGUUGGAUAAUUAUGAACAUCCAGCGUCGUUAGUGUGGAAGCCGUGGGGAGACAUUGCAGCCAACAAGGAAACACAGAAAAGAGUAACGGAUCUCUUAAAAUUGGCCUGCUCCAGCGCAAUGCCAGGGGGAGGGACCAACCUAGAAUUAGCUGUGCACUGUCUUCAUGAAGCCCAGGGAAACGUUUUGGAGGCGCUGAAUAUGCUGUUACUCCAAGGACCGCAGAAGCCUCCAUGCCAUCCGCUCGCUAACUAUCAUUACUCAGGUUCACAUUUAUGGACUCCUGCUGAGAAACAGUUGUUUAAGAAGGCCUUUGGCAUGCACAAGAAAGACUUUUACGUGAUAAAGAAGAAGAUACAAACUAAGACUGUUUCCCAGUGUGUUGAGUACUACUAUAACUGGAAAAAAAUAUUGAAAUUUGACUGCAGUCGCUCACAAGUGGUAGAAAAGAGGUCCAAGAGAGAGCAGGAUGAGGUAGAGAUGGAGGAAGAAAAGACUGCAUGCAGCCCAAAGAAAAGACACUGCCAGCUGCCUAAACAGGAGAACAAGCUAAAGCCAAGGAUUUACAAAAAAGCUGCCCAGGGCACCCUCAGUCCGACCAGCAGCCUGAAGGAAACUCCAGACAGGCCCAUGAGCACAGGCAGUCAGGGUGUGUUCCCCUGUAAAGAAUGUUCAAGAGUGUUUGACAAGAUAAAAAGCCGGAACGCUCACAUGAAACGCCAUCGCCUGCAAGAGCAGAUGGAUCCAAUUAUAAAGAUUAAGUGGCACCUGAAGAACGAGCCAAAGAAGGAAGAAAGAAACUUGGACAUGGACUUUAUCCAGUGGUAACUGGG